AUGUCUUUUGACAUGGCCCUGCCACACACCCAGCGCGUCCAGGCCAUCCUGCAGGAUGGCCUUGAGGUGCUACCGGAGAACCAGGAGCUGUGGAAUCUGUACAGAGCGGCGGAGCCUGGGAUCGGCAGGCCCAGGGACGAGGACGACGAGGUGGAGGACGAUCCUCUUCUGAAGCCGGACCAGGAGCAGGCCAAGCCCAUCACGCCCCAACGGGUGCUGGACAAGCUCCAGGACGCCAAGGCUGAGCUGGACGUGAUCGUGGAUGUCGUGGGCAUGGUGGAGGCGGCGCAAUUCCUGUCGGUGGCACACGUGCCGCGCCGCGCCGCCAUACAGGCCAUGGCCCGGGACCGGGCGCUGGCGCUGGCUGGAAAGCGUGGCGCGCUGCGGGGGGCGGCCGCCAGGCUGCGCUCCGCGGCGGCCGCGCUGCGGGGCCCCGCCGCGGCGGAGGCGGAGUACCUGGACCAGGUGCGGCAGCUCAUGGGCUGCUGGCACCUCAGGCGCGCCGCCAACGGGCUGCUGGGCCACACAGUGGAACUGCUCCCCCUCCACAUCUUCGGCGAGCACACCGCAACCAUAACCCCCUCGCCCGAUGGCCAGGCCGGCUGCGGCGAGGCGCGGGGCCUGCAGGCGGUGCGCCGCGAGCUGCAGCGCCGCCAGGCGGCGGCCCUGUGGCGCAGCUCCUGCGUCCUGGGAAGCCUCCAGGCGGUGGCCUCCAAAGCGCAGCUGGCGGGCUCGCUCGGGGCCGCCCUGCGUGGGGCCGUCGCGAGUGAAGGAGUGCGGUCAUGCCUGGCGGCGCGGCAGGACCUGAGCGUCGUGCACGAGGAGGGGGGGUGGGGAGGUGACCCCCACGUCCUCCACGUCUGCCUCGGGGAGCUGGAGGGGAGCGUGGCGGUGGACGGGCGGGGUGUGCUCCUGGAGGGGCCGCUGUGGCCCCGCGACGUCCAGGGGAGGCGGCAUGUCGGGGAGGCGGAGCUGCGUGCUAUCCUGCUGCAGCUGUGA